AUGGCGAUAAUGGGGCGUAAAGGAUACGCCUGGUUCUGCGCCCUCUCCGCAGCCAUGUGCAACUCAUAUUACGGCUUCGACGCUUCCGUCUUCAACGCCGUCCAAGGCUCCAAUGCCUGGCUCGAUUGGAUGGGCAAUCCUGGGCCCAACCUGGUGGGAGGUGUCAACACAGCCUACUCCGUCUGUGCUAUCAUCAGUGGAUGGUUCAUUGCAGCCCCAGUAGCCGAUUUCCUGGGUCGGAAAACAGCAAUGGGUAUUGGUUCUUUUCUCAUUAUAAUCAGUGCAAUCCUGGAAACGUGCACUCCUCGCGGCCAAAUCGCAUGCUUCAUCGUGGGUCGUGCCGUCAACGGUAUUGGCCAGGGAAUCGCUCUAUCUGCCGGACCUUCAUACAUCGGAGAAAUCACGCCCGCAAAGAUCCGUGGAAUCGUCAUGACAUUUUGGCAGGUUGCCUACAGCGUCGGCCUUUUCCUCGCCUUUUGGAUCAACUUUGCUUGCACAAAAUACCUCCACCGUCUGCCGGCAAAUUGGGACUGGAGGAUUGUGUGCAUCUUCCAAAUAAUGGUCCCAAUCUACGUGCUUUGCAUCCUCCCAGGUCUCCCCUCCUCCCCAAGAUGGUGCAUCAAGAACGACAAGCUUGAGAAGGCCCGAAGCUCGCUCAUGGCAACCCGUUUCAGCUCGGAAGAGGCAGAGGAAGAAUUGCAGACCAUCAUCCAGGCCGUCGAGUUCGAGAGGAACAGCAAGGAGACAUCCUCAGGCUACGCAGCUCUCUGGAAAGACAAGAGUGUCCGCAAGAGGCUGCUACUUGCCCUCGGCAUGAAUGCUGGUCAACAGCUAACCGGUCAGGGAUCUUUGACAACAUAUUCCACCAAGAUCUACCAGGGUGUAUUUGGCGAUCCGUCCACCAUUGCCCUCAUCAACGCCCUGAACGCCACGCUUUCCAUUCUGUUCUGCCUCAACGUGACCUGGAUUGUUGAGCGGUGGGGGCGGAAGGUCUUGUUCAUCAUUGGCGGUGCCGGCAUGGCCUGCUGUAUGCUCAUCGUGGCCACCGUGGGCUCGCAAACCCCGACCGAUGCUGACGGCGCUAAAUCAUACCCAGUCGGAGUCGCGAUCGUGUUCCUCCUGUUCCUCUUCAUUUUCUUCUACAAGCCAUCCUGGGGUGCCGUCACCUGGAUCUGGAGCUCUGAGAUCUUCUCGCUCAACGUGAGGGCCCAAGGUGUGGGCAUGGCGGGACAGACGCAGAAUAUUGCCAACGCCAUCGUGCAACAAUUCUUCCCUCUUUUCCUCAAAGACUGUGGCUUCUACGCCUUCUACAUGUUCGCGGGUAUCAACUGCCUACUCGUCUGCUACGUCUUCUUCCUCAUCCCGGAGACAAAGGGCGUCCCCCUCGAGGAGAUGGACAAGCUCUUUGGCGGAGCCAGCCACGUCCAGGGCGGUGCUAUGAUGCGCCAUGACACCGAUAUCACCACCACCGAGCACCACCGACCUACCUCCAAGGCCACCACCGACCAUGGCGGCAAUCACGUCGAGGGCUCAACCACUCCCGAGGAAAAGUGA